AGGGUUGGGUUUUUACAGACAAGUUACGACUUGUCCGUUUGGGAUGGGAUAUUGGAAGAUUUAAUGCCUGGCAGGUAACGAGCGAGUGAGACAGAGCAACAAGAAGCCGUUUUUGUGAAACCAAAAUAUGCCAACCAAAAAUCCACUUUAAAAAUCUGGGAAAUGUACAAACCAAGGCUCGCUCUCUCACUCUCUCGCUCUCUUUCUGUCAGUUGAUGUGCAACCAACCACCUGCCUAAAGGGCGCAUUUUGAUUGGCUACAGCACCAGAGAGCAUUGCGAGCGCAACGGGUAUUUCGAGACAGCUCUCCCGAGCGUCGAUCGUAUAAAAGCAGGGUCUGUGUUGGCUGUAGAGCAGAACAGUGCCGACCAGCAACGUGAAAAGUCGUCCGCCACAGCUUUCAUUUGUGUACAGAAACGAACAAUUUUGAUACAUCGUAUUCAGACAAUGUCUUUUAUCACACGGGAAUACAAGUUCGAAAGCAGCAUUAUGAUGCAGCGCAAAUCAGAUCAACAUACAAUGGCCAUGCUGAGCUUGAAGAAACUCGUCAAACCACUGCUGCGACUGAUCAAGAAGAAGCAGCUCAUACGCAAGACUCUGGAUGAAGUUCAAUCGCAGAACGAAAUCAACUCAUCGCUGGAGGACAUGCGCAAAGAUUCCGUUGCCAGCUGUGACAAUAUGGCCAACGAGCAACUGGAGCAGCGUCUCAUCAACGAUCUGCGCCAGUGCCCCAACAAUGCGGCGAUCAUUGUGCAACAGUCCGAACAACAACUCAUUGUGCCAGUGCAUCCCGAUCAGACUUUCAUACCGGUGCACUUUGCACGCACCAGCAGUGGCACCUUCUUCUGGACCUCGGCUGAGGGCGCUCGCCAGCAACUGAAGGAGAACACAAUGCACGAGAGAUACGAUCGUUGGGUUCAGGCUUAAUCCACAUCGUCGUCGGGGGCGUUAACAUUAAUGUCAGCUUUAAUACCAAUUGUCACACAGUCCAAUCGAUUAUUGGAUGAGGUGAUGAAAUUGGUACGACCGUAAUCUCAGGGUGAUAUUAGCUUAAUUGGUUUGACUGGACUGGAAACCAACUCGCAUUUAACACUUUCGAUUAUAAGUUUUGUAAAUUGUUGUGAUUUUACGAUAGCUUUUCUUUCCUAGUAUAGUAUUAAGAGAAUCAUUGUCUUCCAUGUUUGUUUGUUAGGUUACUUUUAGACUAAGAAUCAUUGUCUUCCAUGUAAAAUAUAUAAGCUACUACUAGUUAAUUUUAAGCAAAGAAUAAUAAAAACUAGAGCUAGAAAAAA